UCGCAUGGCUCCAACAGUCGGCUGUAGUACGGCAUAUGCCAGUGCGGGGCCCAGCAGGCCCAGGCAACGCCGCUCCGCCUCGCCCGCACAGUCGCUCCGCUCGGCUCGGCGCGCGCGUAGCGUAGCGGCGUGGCGAGGCGCUUCGCGUCGCGGUGAGGUUAGGCCCCUACUGACCGGCGCGGCACCGCGGACCACCCCCGUGCCGGCGUGAAGUGGAAAGGUUUUUCAAAUAAAGACGCGAGUGUUUCGGACCGGAUCGGCAAGCAGCCUCCGCGGUGCGCGGACCGACCCGGCGGCAGUGUUUGUGUUGUGAAGUGGUACCAGUGACGUGAGCGCGGUGGGCGGCAGUAAAGGAUUAUACCAUGCUCCGGGACGGCCAGCCUCGUCGCGUCGCGGCGUGGUCCGGUGCCCGGUCCCGGUAGCCUGCCUCUCGCCCUCCAUCGGGAUGGUCUCGACGCCGAGGUGUCCUGGACGGUCCCUGGACAGCCAGGAUGCGUCCUCAUCGGGACCCCUGGCUGGACGACGGGGGCGGUGUUGACGCUGACCGAGGGCCAGCAAGUCAAGAAGACUGAGACAGAGCGACAGUUGAAAAGGAAGACGCACAGAGCGGGACCAUGUCGUCGGACAGGGUCUCCGACAGCAAGACUGCCCUUCGGGGCAACCCCAUCCGGGUCGGCUUCUACGACAUCGAGAGGACCAUCGGCAAGGGCAACUUCGCCGUGGUGAAGCUCGCCCGCCACCGGAUCACCAAGACUGAGGUGGCCAUCAAGAUUAUCGACAAGUCGGUCCUGGACGCAAGCAACCUGCAGAAGGUCUACCGGGAGGUGGACAUCAUGAAGCAGCUGGACCACCCGCAUAUCAUCAAGCUGUACCAGGUCAUGGAGACGGCCAACAUGAUCUACAUCGUCUCCGAGUACGCCAGCUCCGGCGAAAUUUUUGACUACAUCGCCAAGCACGGACGGAUGACGGAGCACACGGCGCGGCGCAAGUUCUGGCAGAUCCUGUCCGCUGUCGAGUACUGCCACUCGCGGAGGAUCGUGCACCGCGACCUCAAGGCCGAGAACCUGCUGAUGGACACCAACAUGAACAUGAAGAUUGCGGACUUCGGCUUCAGCAACUACUUUACGCCCGGCGAGCAGCUGGCCACGUGGUGCGGGUCGCCACCGUACGCCGCUCCCGAGGUGUUUGAAGGCAAGAAGUACGCCGGCCCGGAGAUCGACAUCUGGAGUCUGGGCGUGGUGCUGUACGUGCUGGUGUGUGGGGCGCUGCCCUUCGACGGCUCGACGCUGCACUCGCUGCGCGACCGGGUGCUGUCCGGAAGGUUCCGCAUCCCGUACUUCAUGAGCGAAGACUGCGAAUCGCUGAUUCGCAAGAUGCUGGUGCUGGACCCGGCGCGCCGCUACACCGUGGAGGACAUCAAGGGCCACCGGUGGAUGCUGGCCGAGCCGCCGCACCUGCUGCCCAACUGCGCGCCGGACCCGAUGGGCCCCAUGGGCCCGCUGCCCCUGCGGCCCGAGCCCAACGAGCAGAUCCUGCGGCUCAUGCAGAGCCUGGGCAUCGACUCGGUCAAGACCCGAGACUCCUUGAUGCGGAACAGCUACGACCACCACGCGGCCAUCUACUUCCUGCUGCUGGAGCGCGUCAAGGCCCACCACCAGGGCCGGUCGUUCUCCUUCCAGCAACAGCAGCAGCCGCACGAGGGGGCCGGGUCGGCGUCGCCCGCGUCCGGAGUGCCGUCGCCCAUCCCCAGCCCGGCCAAGCACGCCGCUGAGCGCUCCGAGUCCCUGACGCGGCGCCGGCCGAGCACCAUCGCGGAGCAGGCCAUGCGCAAGCUAGGGCUCACCUACUCGCAGGUCGGCCAGACUGGACACUCUCUGUCCGCGGCCUCGUCGGGAACCUCGGACCUGGGCGGGUCCACGGUGACGGUGCACGGCGCUGGCGCGGGCCUUGGCGCCUCCGUCACGUCGACGACGAGGAGGGCGUCCGGCUCGGGCUCCGUGUCGGGGUCCGGCUCCGGGGACCAGCAGGGCGGCGCUGGCCGCUUGUCCUACACCCCGUCGCACACGCCGCAGCACACGCCGCAGCACACCCCGCACGACUUCCGCGACUACACGCCCUACCCCAACCCCAGCAACCCCUUCAUGCAGGGCGUCCCGGCCGGCGCCUCGCAUUCGCCCACACCGUCGCUUCAAGCCGUCGACACGUCGCCGUUCUCCGGGGGCGGCGUCUUCGGCGCGUCCGGCGCGCGCCUGCCCCUCGCCAACGCACACCACCCGCCCCCCUUCCGGGAGCAGGCCACGCAGCUCGGGCAGCAGGCCACCCUGCAGCAGCAGCCCCAGCAGCAGUACACGUCGGUCGGCCCCGGCUCCACCGAGGUCAUGUCCGAGUACCUGCAGAGCGCGCGGUACGGCUCGGCGUCCAUCACGCCGCAGUGCUCCACGUCCACGGACGAGGGCGUGGAGACGGAUAUGGAGGACACGGCGUCGUCUCACGCGCCCUCCCUCGGCUCGCAUCACCACCGCCUGUCCUCGUACGCGUCCUCGUCGUCGUCCUCGGGCGUGGGCGGUGUCAGCGGCAACGGCGCGGGCACCGUCAACAAGAGCCUGAGCCAGCACCUCAGCUCCGACUCGUCGUGCUCAGAGUUCCUGUUUGAGAGCCUGGACUACCAGCUCGACCCCGAACUCGCCACCAGCCUGCCCAGCUGCACGUCCGCGGCCAGCGUGGCGAACACAACGCUGAGGAGCACCGAGCCCGCGAGCACGAGCGCCAUCCAUACGCCGUACUCGACCAACGGUGGCAGCUCCGUGACGAGCAGGCCGCUGUUCCGCCACAGUCCCCUGCUGCACGGCCACGGCGGCCACGGCGGCAUGGGGGUCACGGGGCUGUCGUCGCGGGCCCUCACCAGGUCGCCGGUCGACUUCCGGGAGGGCCGUCGGGCGUCCGACGGGCUCGUGGCGCAGCAGGCGGCGGGCGGCGCCUCGGAGCGGGCGGUGUACGGCGCUGGUCUGGGUCUGGGGCACGGGCUGAGCCCCGCGGGGGGGCUGGGCCUGGGGCUCGGCGCGCUCACGCCCGGCCAGCACCACCUGGCCUUCAACAGCCAGCGCCUGCACGAGGCGGGCAAGGCCAAGGGGGUCAUGGAGCUGCACCUCGUCCAGCAGGAGCACGCCGCGCUGCAGAACCUGUACCAGCGCGCCGUGCCGCAGGAGGAGCUGCAGCAACAGCAGCAGCAGCACUCGCAGUACCAGGACCACGCCGUGCGCACCGGCAUGCAGGCGCUGCCCAAGCGCAUCUCGCUGCCGGAGAACUUCAACUUCUCUUCGAGCCUCGACGGCGAGCAGCAACAGCAGCAACAGCAGCAACAGCAACAGUCCCCGGCGCAGUCUGCAGCCCCACCACUACAGCAACAACAACAGCAACAGCAGCCAGUACUCACUCAGGAGCAGUCACUCCAACUUCAACAGCUUCAGCAAAUGCAACAUCAGCUCCAGCAGGCACAGCAACAGCUCCAAGCGCAACAACAGCAGCUCCAGGCCCAGCUGGACAACAGCGCGCCCCUCAACGGCAACCUGGGCGGCCACGGCAACAACAACGCGUCCGGCAACUCCAGCAACUCGGGUAGCGCCUCCCCAUCGCCGUCCUCGUCUCCGUGCCCGCCGGGCGGCGGCGGCGGCAGCGGCAAGCUCAACAACAUGGGCAUGCAGCAGCAGCUCCUCCAGCACCGCCUGCUGCAGCACAAGCGCCAGAUCCUGCAGAAGCAGCAGUCGGCGGGCGCGGAGGCCGGGGCGGGGGUGGUGGGCGCCCAGGGGGUGAGCGGAAACGCGCCCAACCCGGGUCAGCUGCUCUUGAGCCGGCGGCAGAUGCUGCGCCAGGCCUCCUACAAGCUGGCCCAGCAGACGCAAAUCCUACCGCCACUGCCGCCCGCCCUGGCGGAUGCCGCCUGCUUCCCGACCAUCGCCGAGGACGUGCAGAGCCCGGAAUUCCCUCAGCACCCCUGGCCCGGAGGCUGCGGUCGGCUGCUACCCAACGUGCCGCCGCUGGCGUACGGACAACACUUGCAACAGCAACAGCUCGGACUGCAGCAGCAGCAACAGCAACAACAGCAGCAUCAGCAACAACAACAGCAGCAGCUUCAGCAGCAGACCCAGGACGCAGGGGAGCAGUGCUGGAACGCCUUGCCCCACACACUGGCCGCUGCAUGCCACAUCAGCGACUGCGGGAGCCCGUGGCAGCAGCCGCAGUCACAGCCUCUGUACUCGUGGGGCCAGCAGGCCGGCUGGCCCGGGGCGCUCCAGUGCCUCCAGGGAGGCCUCCAGACCAUGCAGCCCACCAUGCAGAGCCUCCACGGCCUGCAGCCCUCCAUGCAGCCGCUCAACGAGGUGCCGCUGCUGGAGAUGACCGAGCAGGCCGACGCCAUCUGAGAGUACGAGGGGGCGGCCGCCCCCGCUGGCCAGGGCGGCCCGCCCCCCCAGCACCCGCGCCUGCUGCCAGGCCUGCCCCUGUCCGGGGGGCCGCCGCCGCUGAGGAGGCUCCUGCCCGCCGUCCCCGGCCGGCCCGCCUCCACGUCCACGUCCUCGCCCAACCUGCACAACACGGCACGACACGAGUAGAUGUUCAUGCCUGCCUCGCUCGAAGCUAGAGGGUUCUCUCUCCCUCUCUCUCUCUCUCUCUCUCUCUCUCUCUCAUGGCCGCGUGAGGGUGCCCACGCCAUAAUAACACAAUAAAUGCCUGAUCUAGAGCUCAAAAAAAUUAUUCAUUUCCAGACAGGAAACUGUUUUUUUCUUAGAUUACAUAAAUUGCAGCGUUCCCAAGCAUAAGUAAGGAAAUGAGUAUCUAAAAAUGUACGCAAACAACAAGGUACAUAGCUGUUAUAAUGGAAGCUAGGCCUAGUAUCUAUUACAACUUACAACUGAGCUGGCAUGUGUGAAUGGGCUGUGUGAAGUAAGAUGUUUUGACAAUAAUGAGUACUGUAAAUGUAAUGGCUAAUUGUUUCUAACAUAUCUCCAAUCUAAGAAUAAGACUUGUGUACCACUCAGUGCACAGGAGAAUUAAACCCGUGUAAAAUUGUUGCUCAGAUGCUGAUCUGCAAUAUUGAUGGGCAAACUGACUUCCUUUGGAACAGUCAAAUAAUGCUUGGCAAAAUUUGGGUCAGUAUUGUAGCCAGUUCAUUUUAUUAAGCAAUGUUAUUAUGCGGGCUCACAUAUCAUUAUAUCAUUGCUUGUGUAGGCAAUAGACAUUAUUCAUCACAAACUGACUGACGCAAAGUGCAGCAGCACUAGGCACACCAAAAGAAUUAUAAAGUCAAAGAAAAGUUACUUCCCCAGGUCUAUCUAGGUUUAUAACUGGCUGAACACUUGCCUCAAAAAGGGCAGUACAUAUUUGUGCACAGCACUUCAGAUAAUUUAUUUGGCAGACUCAGCAUAUCAUCAAAUACUUUAACUGCACAUUACCCUUACACAAUGGCCAUUUGUGCAAGAGCAAUAAUAUUUAUAAGGUAAUAUUAGGAUGUCAUGUCUAUUACCUAGUGAACCUGACAUGCUUUUGUAAUUUGUUUAUUUUGUAAAGAACAAUCAACAUUCUUCUGCUGGUCAGAAGUAAUGUGUAAUUCUGAUACUAAAUAUUAAGCUUUCUUUUCAAGGGCUGUUUCAAUAUUAUGACUUAAUAAAUCUCAAGAAGCAGAAUCCACCAUGUUUUACCUUCACCUAAGGAAGGCAUAUGAAUUAAGGAACAUAUCUUUAACAGAACCAAAGAAAAUAAAAUGUAACUCCUUGCAUUCUGUAAAAUAAAACCUUUAACAAAAAGGCUGCUGUGAUGAAACUUUAUAGUGCCUGUAGAACUUCAAGACAAUGCAAUACUGACUGAAUCCUGGUAACAGACACAAUUCUUAGGCAGAUCGUACAAGGUCUGUGCUUAAUUCCAUAUUUGAAUUCUGUGCGAAUAAUAAAAGUCUCCAGCUGUUUUCUAAUUCAAGUAGACGAGGUAGAAAAUAAGGAAGGCCCAAGAUAAUGAAGAUGAAUGUAUUGUAGUUUGAUUAGAUUUUAACCCUGUGGUACAAUAAAUAAUCAUGAUUUAAAA